GUGGUCCCAGCGUUUUUUGCGUAUGAGUGGGCGAUGUCGGGCCCCGGCGGGCAGUGGAGACGAGGCCGGAUCGAAAGCCGGCCUCGUGAGAUGAGGGCCGGAACUUGGAGCGGGGAGCACAGAUUUUUCUUCCAUUGUGGUCUGAAUGGCGGCAUGGGUGGAACUAUGCAUUAAUCAGAGGGGUAAGAGAGGGGGAAGUAUAUGAACGAGCUUGAGGCCCGCCCUCUCGAUUCAAGAGCAUGUCAAAGAGCUACGCUUGCUAGCACAACUUCUCUACUCUAUACAAGAUCCGAUCCUUACAUAGACUAUAUACAAAGCAUACGCAGACUGCUGUCUAGUAUAGCUAUGAGCAGCAGCACAACCACCACCCGUCCCCCCACGCCAACCGAGAAGCUCAAGCCCCCCACGACAAUCCUUACAGACGAUGUCGAGGCGGCAGCAAACUCCAAGGACGAUGACGAGAUAGACUACCCCGACGGUGGAUGGACUGCCUGGUCUCAGGUCCUUGUUGGCCACCUCAUCAACGCCAUGACAUGGGGAUACGCUGCCAGCUUUGGCGUGUACCAGCUACACUACGUGCAGACCCUGAAGCUCCCUUCGUCACAGGUCUCAUGGAUCGGCUCCGUCCAGAUCUUUCUGUGCUUCGGAACAUGCGUCGUAUCUGGUCGUCUCUCAGACGCAGGGUAUGCCCGUGAAACCGUCCUAGUCGGCUGCAUGCUAGCCGUCUUUGGUACCUUUAUGACCAGCCUGUGCCAUACCUACUGGCAGAUCCUGCUAGCCCAGGGUGUCUGCGUCGGUCUUGGACUCGGAAUUGCCUUUAUGCCAGCCAUUUCGGUCUGCAGCUCGUACUUUGACAAGAACCGACCACUUGCGCUGUCUAUCAGUGCUGUUGGCACGUCCGUCGGCAGCGUCGUCUUCCCGGCGACCGUGCAGUAUCUUACACCGCAGAUUGGCUUCCCCUGGGCGGUCCGGUGCUCGGCAUUCAUUGCGCUCUUAUUUAGCGUCACGGCGCUAUUGCUGCUCAAGCCGAGAAUUGCUGGGCGCAAGUCUGGUCCUAUUGUUGAGUGGUCGGCCUUCCGCGAGCUGCCGUAUGUCUUGUUUGCGCUGGGCUCGUUUUUGAACUUUUACGCCAUGUACUUUGCUUUUUUCUAUAUUAAUAGUUUCUCACGCAACAUUAUUGGCUUUUCGACUGUCGAGUCCGUCAACCUGCUGCUCGUCACAAACGGCGUGGGCAUCCUUGCUCGUCCAGCGACCGGUUUGAUUGCCAAUAACUAUCUCGGAUCGAUCAACACUUUCAUUAUUGGCACGGGCAUCGUCAGCGUCAUGCUAUUUAGCUGGACUGCCGUGGCUACCAGGGCGGGCAUGUACGCCUUUGCCGUGCUCUACGGUGUUGGUAUCGCCGCGAACCAGAGCACCUUUGUCGCUUCGUUGGCAAGCUUGACCAAGGAUCCGUCCAAGAUGGGCACCCGGUUUGGCAUGGUCGAGGCCAUGUGUGCAUUUGCUGCGCUGGCUGGUACACCCACAGCUGGUGUCAUUCUCGACAAGAUGCAUGGCCAGUACAUGGUUGCCCAGCUCUGGGCUGGCGGCGUAAUGCUUGCAGCAGGCAUCGUCUUUGUAGCAUGCCGCAUCUCGUGCACUGGAUGGAAGUGGGCGGCCAAGAUUUAAAAAAAAAAUAAAACAGGUGAUGGGCGGGAAAAACUAAUGACUGAAAAGAUUGAGAUACCAAAAGCAUUUUGCCUGCAUUGCAUUUAGCGAGGAGGGUUUGUGUGUUCAUGCACAGACCCAUGCUCGUUUAGUUGUUUAUAUUUACGUACAAAUAAUUUACAUACAGUUAAUGUUUCUUUUUAUACUUUGGGCAGCUUGGGUAGCAGCUCGGCCACAAGCUGGGCAAUCUGUGAGCCUUCCUCCCAGACAAAGUCAUGCUUGCCGGUCAAGUUGCGAACGUCGUGGACGGGGAUGUCCUCCAUCUUGAGCCUAGCCAGCAUACUAUCCAUCUCGCCAACAUCCAAGUACUGGUCUUCCGUAGAAUGCGCCAGCACCACCCAUCGGUCGCCGGGCCACUGUUUGCGGUAUUGCCCCUUGAACUUGGCAGGCGAUGCGUUCUGCCAGUCGCGCUGGUUGGGGCCAAACGCAGCGGUGAUGUACUUUGCAUAUUCGCCCUUGGCAUGGUCGUUGAGUCGCACUAGGUCAUAGAGGCCCGAAACACCAAUAAUGGCAGUUGGCAGCGGAGGGCGCGGAAUGGCCUCGGAUGCCAUGCCCAUGAGCAGCUGGAAGGCGAGCGCGGCACCGGCGGACUGGCCGAUCAGGAUGUAGUUGUCGUUAGUAAGGCCAACCUUGUCAGCGACCAUAGACAGGCCGGCAACCACAUCGUUGAGGGGCUCGGGGUACUUGACGCUGCCGCUCUCCUCAGGGUUGGUGAUGCGGUAGUCGAGUGAGAUGAAGCCGCGGAUGGACGAGCGGGCAGGAUAUCCCGGAGCAGUCAUGUGCUUCAUCGACGCCGUAAAGUCACCAAAGCUCUGGUGUGGAAACCACCAGAAGCC